ACGUACAGCACGGUCAAAAUGCCGCCGACGGAUUUCGUGCCCAGACCGUACACGGGACCUUCGUACCAACAAGUAGAACAAAUGAAAGGAGUUUACAUGCCGCCUUCAAUCACGAACGCCUAUAAGAAGCCGGUGCUUCUCACCCAGGGCCACAUGCAGUGGUUAUACGACAACGACGGCAAGAGAUACCUGGAUCUGUUCGGUGGAAUCGUCACCGUCUCCGUGGGCCAUUGUCAUCCGAAAGUAAAUGCAGCCCUCAAAGAUCAACUCGAUGUAUUGUGGCAUACGACCAACCUGUACAGACAUCCGAAAAUCUAUGAGUACGUCGAACAAUUAGCCGCUAAGCUCCCGGGGGAUUUGAACGUGGUAUAUUUAGUGAACAGUGGAUCAGAAGCUAAUGAACUGGCGACUUUGCUGGCGAAAGCGUACACUGGAAACCUAGACAUCAUAUCGCUGCAGACCAGCUACCACGGCUACACCAGCAGCCUCAUGGGCCUGACGGCGACCCAGUCGUACAGGAUGGCCAUUCCCGUCCCUCCAGGUUUCUACCACGCAGUCCACCCUGAUCCUUUCAGAGGCGCUUUCGGAGGCUGCAGGGACUCUAUCUCGCAAGCUCCAGGAUCCUGCUCGUGCACCGGAGAGUGCAUCAGCACUGACAAAUAUGUCCACCAACUUAACGAGCUAUUAGGUAACUCAGUUCCGGCCGGCAGAGUAGCGGCAUUCUUUGCGGAAUCCAUUCAGGGUGCUGGUGGAGUCGUGCAAUUCCCUAAGGGAUACCUGAAGAAAGCUCAAGAGUUGAUCAAGAAGAAUGGUGGCUUGUAUGUAGCUGAUGAGGUACAAACAGGCUUCGGUCGCACUGGAGAUCAUUUCUGGGGCUUCGAGACGCACGGCGUGAAGCCCGACAUCGUGACGAUGGCUAAGGGGAUCGGCAACGGAUUCCCUCUGGCAGCUGUCGUCACCACUAAAGAGAUAGCAGCCAAUCACGCGAAGGCUGCCUACUUUAACACUUUCGGUGGAAACCCGAUGGCUUCUACCGUUGGAAAAGCUGUACUGGAGGUUAUUGAAGAGGAAGGGCUGCAACAGAACAGUAAGGUAGUCGGCGAGUACUUCAUCAGGCAGUUGAUGGAUCUUCAGAAGCAACACCCAGUGAUUGGCGAUGUCAGGGGACAAGGCCUCAUGAUCGGAGUGGAGCUUGUCGAACCCGGAACUAAGACCCCGCUGACCACUUCCAAAGUGAAUGAUAUCCAUGAGAAUAUCAAAGACAACGGAGUGCUCAUCGCUCGUGGUGGACGCUUUAAUAACGUAUUCAGAAUAAAACCUCCAAUGUGCAUCACUAAACAGGACUAUCAAUCUAAAGUACUGCGGUGUGAGCCAACCAAAGAACCAAUAGUAGAUUAUGGAAAAACAUCAUUAUUUGAAGGUUUCCAGAUUACUUUAGAAAACACUAUCCUCUUUCCAGCAGGAGGUGGACAGCCUCAUGACAUCGGCUGGUUGAAUGAUGUUGAAGUGUUGCAAGUUCUCCGGAAAGGUGACGAGGCACUCCACUUCACACGAGAGCCAAUAGAUGUGGGUAUAGAGGUCAAACAAAAGGUCAAUUGGAAUAGAAGAUUUGAUCAUAUGCAGCAGCAUUCUGGCCAGCAUCUAUUAUCAGCAAUACUGGAGAAGCAUCACAGCCUACCUACAACAAGCUGGUGGCUUGGUGCAGACGAGUCCUAUGUCGAGAUAGACUCUACGAAAGUGUCUGAACAGCAAAUAAACGCUACCGAGAAUUACUGUAAUGAACUGAUCAGAGCUGCUGUACCGGUCAGUGUGAAGAUUUGCAAGUCUAAUGAUCCAGAUUUAAAUGAGGCUCACACAAGAGGUCUACCAAAGGAUUGCAUGGAAACUAUACGGAUUAUAUGCAUUGGUGAUAUUGACGAAAACAUGUGUUGCGGCACUCAUGUCUCGAAUCUGAGUCAACUCCAAAUAAUAAAAAUAAUUGGAGCAGAGCCGGGGAAGAAGGGAAAGACAAAUUUAAAAUUUUUAGUAGGCGAACGGGUGACGAAAACCUUUCAGCGCAUGCUAGAAAGAGAGAAAGCUUUGACGGGGCUUUUGAAAAAUGAACCAACCAAACACGAGGAGCUAGUGCAGAAAUUGCAAAAAAACAUAAAAACUACAAACAAAAAUUUACAGAACGUUCUCAUCGAAUUGGCUGAAUUCGAAGUGAACAAAAUAAAAGGAUCAACACCAAAACCGAAAUACGUAUUUAUGUUCAAAAGGGAAGCUACGCCUGAAUUUAACAGGGCCGUGCUCAAAGGGCUGGAGGGCGAGGGAAUGUUCGUGCUUCUGGUCUCUGAGGACCCCGAUAGGGCGAAGGAAGGGCAGAUCAUUAUUCAAGGACCGGAGGAGCAUUGUAAAGCGCUGGGAGACAUGAUAACGGAGAUGCUGAAAGCGAAGGGCGCCUUCAAGAACGGCAGAUUCCAAGGGAAAGCCAGUGAUUUAGGAGCUGUUAAUAAAUGCAAGAAACUAGUCGAGGAUUAUUUUAAUAAGUUAACAUAGUAUUUUGUUUUAAUGUUAUACAAUAAUUUAAUAUGAUACGAAUCAUAGUUGUUUUUCAAUAAUUAGAUUAGCUUUAAUAAGAUGUGAAUUGUUUUUUUUAUUUGCUUGUAAUAGAAUAUGUACUAAUACAGUGCAUACAACGUAACUUUUUUUUAUUGGUAACUAAUUUGUUUGACAAGCACGACUUAUAUAUGUGUAUAUACAUAUGUAAGUCUUGCUUUGUAGAUGGUACAUACGAGACAGUACAAGGACGGAGAAAGAAUAAACGAUUUGUCUCCUCAUAAUCCUCUGUUUCAAUAUAGUCUUUCAAAAAUCAACAUGCCAUUGGCAAAGUAAAUACAACAUUAAAUCAUGAAAUAGGAGUAC